AGCUUAAACACAUUUUAAAACAAAUACUAAAGGUGCAAAUUUCAAAUAAAAUAACUUUGCUUGAACAACAAUAAAGCUAAACAGUGUAACUAAGAAAUUAAAACUGCUAAGUGCAUAAAUAAAUAAUUACAUGUGUUCAAGCUUUAAACAAGUUAAGCUGCUAAAAAUUAAACACUCAACAAGUGAAGAACUGAUCAUCAUGCACACGUUUAAGCGCGGCUUCUUCUGCUCGGAUUUAUCGCUGCGUUAUCCUUAUCGGGAGUGCACUGUAACUGUGCCCAUGCUGCUAGUGCUGAUGCUGCUGCUGCCGAUGCUUUUCAUAAGCGUAGUGGAGAUAAUGCGCAACUGUCGACACUUACGCAUGCGCAAAUAUCUGCGCAGCUUGUGGCGAGCGGAGGCAACUUUUAGCUUUGGCUUCAUUGCCACCUAUCUGACCACGGAGCUGGGCAAGCAUGUGCUGUCGCGACUGCGUCCGCAUUUCUACAGCGCCUGCCAGCCGCGACUGCAGGACGGCAGCAGCUGCGCGGACGCCCACAACGCUGAGCUCUAUGUGGAGCGUUUCUACUGCAGCAAUCGCAAUCUAUCAUCGCUGCAGCUGCGUGAGCUGCAUGUGAGCUUCCCCAGCGCUCACAGCAGCUUGAGCUUCUAUUCCAUGUGCCUGCUGGCUUACUAUGUGCACAGCGUGUGGCAGGGGCGUGGCAUUGUGCGCGUAAUGCGGCACAUACUGCAGUUUCUGCUGCUCAUGGCCGCUUGGUAUGUGUCGCUGAGUCGCAUUGCCGACUACUGGCAUCACUGGUCCGAUGUGCUCGCCGGCGCGCUGCUCGGCGUUGUGUAUGCCACCAUUACCGCCAUCUACGUAGGCGAUUUGCUGCAGCCGCAAUCCAGCAAAACGCGUCCGCUCAUGGGUCUCAUGUGCGGCUGCCAGCAUCAUCAUCAUCAUCUGCAUCAUCAGCUGCUGGGCGAGAACAACAAUUCGACAGGCUCAGCCAAAGUGCAUUUCUUAGCUUCCACUACGACAGCCAGCUCACCGCUAGAGUGUGUAGCCCACCAUGGUAACGACGAUGACGCUGACGAUGAUGACGACGACGACAGCAUCGUCGAGCACGACUUGGCUGGCUAUAAGACGCCCACAUCGCGAGCGCCAACGCCGAGCUUGCCAAAUGCGGUUUAGGCCUCUAAGCUCUGACAGUAGCUUAUCUCUCUCUCUUUGAGCUGAGGUAAUGCUCUGCUUUGGGUCCGAGUAAUUUCCCCCCGAUUAUUGAGCAAGCGGCGGAGGAAAUAUUUUUGUGAUAAGCGCGCGGCGCACUCUUUACCUGAUAUGCACUGAGACCGCUUUAGUUUAAACGAUUUACGAAAUCCGGCACAAAAAUAUAAAAAAGGCGCGACAUUGUGCAACAAAUUGUGCGGCGUGGCCAGCGGGGCGCACAGUGGGUGUGGCAAACAAAAAUGCAAUGCAGCAGUUUGCUCAUAUAAAUAUUUUUAUGGGCAUGGCACACUUCGAGUCUUGAAGAAAAUAAUUUGAAAUAAAUAAAUUCACAGAUUUGCAAUUUAUGCA